AUGGAUUUUGCUAAUCCGGAAUGUCAACCGUGCGCUGUUUGUGGCGAUAAAUCAACUGGGACACAUUAUGGAGUGCUUUCGUGUAAUGGAUGCAAGGGUUUUUUCCGGCGAACAAUCCUCAAAAACCAAAAAUUCACAUGUCGUUUCAACAAAGCAUGCACAAUCGACAAAAAUUUUCGAUGCGCUUGUCGAUAUUGUCGUUUUCAGAAGUGUGUACGAGUUGGGAUGAAACGAGAAGCGAUUCAUUUUGAACACGAUUCGAUUGGUCCCAUCAAGCGUCGUAGUGAAUCAUUGCUAUUACGAACUACCGAAAAGAGUGGAACGGAGAACACCAGUUCUGCAACAGCGUGCGGUAAUAGUUGUCUAAUCAAUGACACUUUGAAAUUGGAUGUGAUUGAAACGUUAAUGCAAAUGGAGGUACAAACCAAUCAGGAAAUGACGACUCAUUACCGAAAUUCGGUGAUCAAUUCGUCGUCCACAACAAUCAGUAAUCGUGCAGGUGAAAGUGGUUUCGCACCAACGGCUUUUUCACUAUGGCAUAAGUUGUGUUCAACUGAUGAUUUGAAUGAAUUGUCCAGAACAACGCUAGUAUUAAUGGUUGACUGGGCAAAUGGCUUAGAACCAUUCCCAGGUUUAAAUAUGGAUGACAAAGUUAUUUUGCUUAAAAAUUAUGCUCCGCAGCAUUUGAUCCUGGUACCAGCAUUUCGUUCACCGGAUGCAACUCGCGUUUGCCUUUUCAGUAAUGCAGAUAUGAAUCGGGACGAGACCAUCGAAUUUGACGGUUUAUCGGCAUUCAAAACAAGCAACAUCAUGCCUCGUGUAAUGGACGAAAUAGUUUGGCCAAUGAGACAUUUGCGAAUGAGAGAAGAGGAAUUUGUUUGUCUAAAAGCUUUGGCUUUUCUUCAUCCUGAAGCUAAAGGACUUUCUCAACCAGCUCAAACGGCAUUACGCGAAACUCGUAAUCGAAUCCUUAAGGCUCUGUAUCGUUACAUUCUGGCGCAUAUGCCUGAAGAGGCACCGACACGUUACGGCAAUAUUUUGCUGCUUGCACCCGCUCUUAAAGCUUUGGCACAAGUCGUUAUCGAAAAUAUGACCUUAACGAAAUUUUUUGGUUUCGCUGAAGUGGACUCAUUACUUUCGGAAUUUAUUCUAGAUAGUCCUACUGAUGAAGUGACAGCGCGACCAUUGUUGCGUCAACGCCUUUCUUCAGCUCCAGCAAUCAGUACAUGCCUAGAUAUUGAUACACAGCAACAUGUGACAACCAUUUUAUAA